ACCGCGCCGCGGGCUGGCGAUGGCCAACUGCGCCCCGGCGCCGCCCGAGCUGGGCUGCCCGACAGGGCCGCGCGGCAGCGGGCGCUGCGCGUCGCUGCCGGCUGCGCGGGGGGCGCCGCCGGCGGCUGCAGGGCGCGGCCGGCGCGGGGAAUUGACCGCGCCCGAUGUCCGCGCCGCGCCGAGCGCGAGGCUGCGUUGCGCGCGGGCGAAGCCGCCCGACGACCUCGACGAGUUUGUUUGCGCCGAUGGCUCGGAGGCGCGCGGGGGGGAGGGCGUCGGCGACGCAGGGGCGAGCGGCCGCCGGGGGCUGGAGAGAGGGGCCAAACUCGACCCCCUCGUCGGAGAGCCGCGCGCCUGGAGAAAGAGCGCGGCGCCGGAGGUCAUGGGCGACUGCUGCCCGCGCGCGAGGGUCGCCUUGGAUUUCGGCUGGAGGUGCCGCGACGGCGAGCGCAGCAGCCGCGGCGCCGAGCUCCUCGCGGAAUGGACGGCGGUGCGCCCCGAGCACGGGGUGCCGGGCCGCGGCUGGGGGCCGCGCACUUUUCUGGUUGUGGCCGGGCUGGUCUGCGCCCUGGUCUUCUUGGGCGAGCUCGAGGCCGCCUUCUGGGUGAACGGGGCUUUCGGAUUUUACUUUCGGCCGUGCGAGUGCCCGGGGAUCGAGCCAGAUAACCUCGUCCCGCCAGUGACUGGGGCGCCUGCCCACUGGGGGCUGCCCAUCGCUCAGGAGGAGCGCGAGACGCCGAUCAAGGCGUCGAGGCUGAUCGGGGUCGACGUCGUGUCGUGCCAUCCCAGGUGCUCGGCCAGCUCGGAGAAGUUCAGGAGCGCGCGGGUGCUGCGGUGGAUUCAGAAGCGAGGCCAGUUGGCUUCGACGAGGAGCAUGGCGCGGUGCGAGAAGCAUGGCCGCCUCGUCUUGCAGGUGCUGGUUCAUGGCAGCGAAGCACGCGUCGCGGCGAGCGCGCUCGGGAUCAAG